UUGCCUGACUUGUUCAGCUGUCUAUUUCAAAAUUGCUUACAUGUUGCUCUCCAGAGGAACUCAGAGAUACAGAAGGAGAAUGAUUACUUCUGAGCUCUGAAAUGACAUACUAGAAACAUUGGACAUAAGGAGGAUGAUUACUUCUAAGUUCUGAAACGAAAUAGUAGAAGCCUAGGACAUGAUGCUGCAUGAAUUCUUCAGGGCUGUAUAGGGUCUCUGUGAGGGGCAGGCUGCUGGUGAGCUACUUCUAAAUCAGACACACCUCUGGGUUGGGUUAUUUUGGAAACGAAGUACUUGAUGAGGCUCAAGGUACGGUCUGCUAGGGACAAGGGAUUUUAUUUUGUGUUUUUACAUGUUCUUUGAUCAGGUGAUGCAGCUGAGGGACAGUCUCCUUUGUCAGCAGCAGACUAGGGCUCAGGAGCGCUGACCUGCAGUGAGCCUUCACAGUCUUCUUUCAAAGUGUGGAUUGCUGGCUUUCAGGCAGCUAGAUAAGAAAGAAAAAGGGACGUGCUAUGGGGGUGCCUUUGUUUGAGGAUAGCAAACCCUUCUAUUUCCGGAUCUGGAACGGACUAAGUCAGAAGUUGCAAGGCAAAAAGUCCUGGGAUAAACAUCUGGAUGAAAUCUACUUACUCCAGCAGAAAAGGAUCUGGGAAUCCCCACUCCUCCAGGCUGCCAAAGAGAACAACCUUCCAGCCAUUAGGAAACUUCUCACUGAUGGAACAUGUGAUAUCUAUCAGAGAGGUGCAGUGGGGGAGACUGCCCUUCACGUAGCUGCCUUGUAUGACAACAUGGAGGCAGCAGUGACUCUGAUGGAAGCAGCUCCUGAGCUUAUCAAUGAGAGGAUGACAUCGGAGCUUUAUGAAGGCCAGACAGCUCUCCACAUUGCAGCAGUGAACCAAAACAUCAUCUUGGUGAAGGCUUUACUCAAGAGAGGAGCUAAUGCCUGCACGGCACGGGCUACUGGGCACUUCUUCAGGCGCAGAUCCCAGAAUCUUUUCUAUUUCGGAGAGCAUGUUUUAUCAUUUGCUGCUUGUGUGGGAAAUGAGGAAAUUGUACAGUUGCUCAUUGAAAAUGGAGCUGAUAUUAGAGCUCAAGAUUAUCUGGGUAAUACUGUUCUUCACAUCCUGGUUCUCCAACCUAAUAAGACGUUUGCCUGCCACAUGUACAGCCUGAUACUCUCCUAUGACAGGAACAAAGAGGGACCAGGAUCACUUGAACUGAUUCCUAACAAUGAGGGGCUAACUCCGUUCAAACUGGCUGGAGUUGAGGGUAACACUGUGAUGUUUCAAUACCUUAUGCAGAAGCGGAAGCACAAUCUUUGGUCCUUUGGCCCCUUGACCACUGUUCUCUAUGAUCUCACAGAGAUUGACUCCUGGGCUGAAGAUCAGUCCUUCCUUGAGCUCAUUGUCUCAACCAAGAAGAGAGAGGCACGCCAAAUCUUGGACCUAACACCUGUGAAGGAGCUGGUGAGCCUGAAGUGGAAUAUGUAUGGUCGUCCCUAUUUCUGUUUCCUGGCUUUAUUCUAUAUACUCUACAUGGUCUGCUUCACUAUGUGCUGCGUCUACCGACCGCUGAAACCCCGAACAGGCAACAAAACAAGCAGCAGAGACAAUACAAUCUAUGUGCAGAAAAUGCUGCAGGAAUCAUACAUGACGUAUGAAGAUGAGCUGAGGCUGGUGGGGGAGCUAAUCACAGUCAUUGGAGCUGUAGUAAUUUUGAUCCUUGAGAUCCCAGAUAUCCUUAGAGUUGGAGCAGCAAAAUACUUUGGACAAACCAUCCUAGGAGGGCCUUUCCACAUAAUUGUCAUCACAUAUGCUUUCAUGAUUCUAGUAACCAUGGUGAUGCGUCUCACCAGCACAACUGGUGAGGUGGUGCCCAUGUCCUUUGCCCUGGUGCUAGGAUGGUGCAAUGUCAUGUACUUCGCACGAGGCUUCCAGAUGCUCGGACCCUUUACCAUCAUGAUCCAGAAGAUGAUAUUUGGAGAUCUUAUGCGCUUUUGCUGGCUCAUGGCUGUGGUGAUACUAGGCUUUGCAUCAGCUUUUUACAUCAUCUUCCAGACAGAGAACCCUGAGAACCUUGGACAGUUCUACAAUUAUCCCAUGUCCUUGUUCACCACCUUUGAGCUUUUCCUCACUAUCAUUGAUGGCCCAGCAAAUUAUGAUGUGGAUCUGCCUUUUAUGUACAGUGUGGUAUACUUUGCCUUUGCCAUCAUUGCCACGCUCCUUAUGCUCAACUUGCUAAUUGCCAUGAUGGGUGACACCCAUUGGAGAGUGGCCCAUGAACGGGAUGAACUCUGGAGAGCCCAGGUUGUUGCUACCACUGUCAUGCUGGAAAGGAAACUGCCAAGGUGUCUCUGGCCUCGCUCUGGGAUCUGUGGCCGGGAGUAUGGGCUAGGGGAUCGAUGGUAUCUCAGAGUUGAAGACAGGGUUGAUCCCACCAAACACAAAAUGAUGCGGUAUACAGAAGCAUUUAAGGUUCAGGAUAAGGAUAACUAUGACAAAGCUUUGGAAAAGCUGGAAAUCAAUAGGGACAUCCUGUACAAGAAGGAGCUGCCUGCUCCCUCAUUGUCACGGAGCACAUCCAAGACUAGUUCUCACCGUGGCUGGGAGAUCCUCAGGCGUAACACCUUCCACCAACUUCAUGAGGAGGUUGGACAUGCCAUGGAAGAGGAGGUCUAUAAUGUCUAAGAGGCCUCUUGUUUUUUCCACGACACAGAACACUUUUGGCACAGCAGUUGUCUUCUCCAGCUGUUCACACAUGUUCCAGCAUGCUACUCACAUUCAGCCUUGAAGAACUCUGCUGGUAAAAGAGUUCAUGAACAUUUCAUGGCGUCUGUGCUAUGAUAUACGAAUGCCACCUUUUCUCUCCUACACUUAGGUGUUUUUGCUCUUGCACUGAUAUUUGCACCAUGCUGGUGGAUUUGUUGAGCUAGAUCUGUGGUAGUUUUUUAUGCUUUGUAAUGCCCUACAGAAAUGAACAAAAGAAGCCAGCAACAAGAUUUCACCCAUUUACAAAGAAGUGAUCAGAAAGCCUUCUCCCGGACUGUUACAUAUAGUGUCAUCUCUCCUUCCAGUUUCACAAAAUCCCAAUGUUCUCAUAGGAAAGAGGGCUGACUGAAGUUCUGUUUUAUGAUUUGGUACGAAACGGAAAAAACCUCUGUAACUAAGCUCAGGAAUGAAAGUAGUUACUGACAUUGUGAUGAUUAAAAGGACUAACUAUACAGCUGGCAUUCAGGGCCUGACAGAUUUUGCCCUCUGAAGAAAAGCAUUCUUUACUAGCUGCAUUUUCAGUACUGCUAUCCUAACAGGACUGGUUUGGUUUGGGUUUGGUUUGCUUCUUUGGGUUUUUGUGUGUGUGUGUGAUUUUAUUUGAUUGAUUGAUUGUGUUGUUACAUGAAUGCACUUUAAGGUUUUGAAAAGAAGUGACAACUGCUAUUCCUGGGAGGAUUCUGAAGGAUCUAAAGUGGGAACUUCUUUUCCUAAUGAGAGCAUGAAUGACCUGGUUAGAUGACUCUAAGCAACAUGACAUUUCAGCAGAGCUAUUAAUCUCCCAAGUGAUCCAAGUGAUCCCAAAGCUGGUCUUUUGUUUUCUGUGGAAGAGUAGGGUUCUGAACCAUAGUUCUCUGACUGAGCCAUGAAGGCUAAGUAGUGAGCUACAAUAUAGCACUGAAAGAAAUGAAGAGGAAAUGUUGGAUAGAUGAAUAAGAGCUCUUGCAGAGGCAGUUCAGAAUAUGGUGUGUGCCAUCUCUGCCUCAAAGUCUGAAACUAUCCAAUAAACAACUGAGUCAUCCACACGGUUCCUUUCCAGAUGAUGCUGUGCCACUUAGUCAGUUUGUCAUCUGCCUACAGCCACUUUAAGAAAAAUGGAUAAAUGUUCAGAGAAAUGGACUGUCAUUUCAGGGUUUUCUUAUUCUCAGGAGUGUGGAGUUUCAUUCUGAUAGCAGAAGUAACUGGAAAGCAAUCCAUGGUCUUCACAUUUCCUUCCCACAGGACUAGUAGCAGAAA